GCGGCGUGUAGCGACUCUAACUUGGGCUAUGGAGGCCCAGUUCCACCUCUUCCCGUCCCUCUCGACUCUCCCACAUUGACACUCACUCACUUCUCUUUUCGCUGUCGCGCAGGCAAAGCCAAAGAAAGCUAUAGAAUUCUGAAAGGGCCUCUUUAAGACUUAAGCAGGCAGAAAUGAGUGGCAGAGGAGUAAUUGGGGAUAAAUGGUCAAUGAGGAUUCUUUGGGCAUGCGCAAUUGGAAGUGCAAUCGGCUUGUACAUGGUUGCUGCCGAGAGGCAAAUGCAGAACAGAAACCGAAUGCUCGCUGAAAGUUUCAAGGCAAUGGAUUCCGACUCGAGCAACGGCGAAGAAGUUUAAUAGAUGACGAUUUUUUGUUUUUCCUUCAA